ACACUUUCUAACCGUACCUAAUGCGUCUUCUCCUUCCUUGCUCUCUCUAAAAAUUGGUUUACAAUUAAAACCAGACAACCCAGCGACAUUGCUUUCUCUAUACUUCAAAUGGCUCUGAAGUAAUCUCUCCUGCAGAGAAUCAACACAGAAACCACAUUUACGAACCUUGACCGCCAUUGAAGCACCUUCUCCAUCACUUCUUUUUUUUUUUCUCUGUCUAUGCUCCUCAUUCUAUGCACACAAACAGGGAAAAGACCAGGUACAGAUCCUCUCCUUUGCUUCCUUGACCCAGAAGUCAGAAUUCCCAUUUAGAGAAAAACCCACUUGGGGUUUUGUUCUUUUUCUUGGAGGAGAGAGGUUUGUGUCAUUUCAUUUGGGAAUGGUGGAGUGAAGAAUUGAUUGAAUUUAACCAAGUGGGUAGUCGUUAUUUUCCUGAAUUCGAAGUGGGUACUUUGAAAGUGUUGAAAUUGGUGUACUCCAUGGAGAGAAUUGAUGGAACAGGUGCUAGAUCUGUUCAGAAGACACCAGAAGAGGAGGCGACGGCGCUUGAAUCCAUCCAAUUUACGGAUGAAAUCCACAGAUUGAUCUCUGCGCCGUCUGAUAACGCGAGUUCCUUCACUGCCUUACUCGAGAUGCCCCCCACACAAGCCGUGGAGCUCCUUCACUCCCCGGAAUCUGCCAAUCUUAUCUCUAACGACACCUUUAAACCUCCGCAUAUGGAGGAUUUCAAGGGAAGGCUUCAUUUUCCAACCAAUAUUGCUUUGGUUGAGAGAGCUGCAAGAUUCUCAGUUUUUGCCGGGGAAGGUAGCAACAAUACCAACAUUGAGAAGAAUUCAGUAGAGACGGCGUUGAAUGAUUCCAGCGCGAAUCUCAAGAAGGCGGUAAAGAGUGAGCCGGCAGAGACGGAAUCGUCGCAGCCGCUGGUUUCUGAUCCGACUGUGGAGACGAAGUCUGCCAAGAGGAAGGAGCGAGAAAAGAAGGCUAAAGGGUCAGCUAAGAAGAGCAAGACGGCGGCAAAUGAAAGCUCCGACGACGCCGAGAAGCUCCCUUAUGUUCAUGUCCGAGCUCGCCGUGGUCAAGCAACCGAUAGCCAUAGCUUGGCAGAAAGAGCAAGGAGAGAGAAAAUCAAUGCUCGGAUGAAACUGCUGCAGGAGCUGGUCCCUGGAUGCAGUAAGAUUUCUGGCACGGCGUUGGUCCUUGAUGAAAUCAUCAACCACGUGCAGUCUCUGCAACGUCAAGUAGAGUUCUUAUCAAUGAGACUUGCAGCUGUCAACCCAAGAAUUGAUUUUAGUUUCGAUAGUAUAUUAACAGCUGAAGGUGCAUCUCUAAUGGAUAGUAACUUCCCCAGCAUUGUUACACCUCUAAUGUGGCCUGAAGCUCAAGUAAGUGGAAAUAGACAACCGUAUCAACAACAAUGGCACUUUGAUACACUGCAGCAGCAAGUUUGGGGAAGAGAAGAAGUCUGCCAUAACUACAUUACUCCUGAGAACUCUCUUUUAAGUUAUGAUUCUUCAGCAAAUUCAGCAACUUUGCACCCAAACCAAUUGAAAAUGGAGCUGUGAAGGCAGAUUAUAGUCCCACUGGUAGAUAAUCUCAGAAAGUGUUGUACUGGUAGCUGGUAUCUGUAUAUAUCAGACAUAAUAUCCUUAGAAGUUAGCAUGAAGUAGAGGACAGCUCUCAACAUUGAUCUUGGGUUUCCAUGUCUUCAAUUUCCUCAGAGUCAGCCGGAAACCAUGAUUCCAGUCGACUGGAGGAGUAAAAUCUCAGCUAUUCUUAGAUAUAUAUAUCUUACAUACUAACUCAAGAGUCAUUCAAUAUAUUUCAUCAUAUUCAAGAUUGAUGGAUUAAUACUAUAAAAUGAUUGAACUGUAGCAUAAACUAUUAUGGAAGUUGGCGUCUUUUGUUCACUUUGUGACACUUAAAACUAUCUUCAUCUUUUAUUGAAGAGGCUAAGUUGCCUUUGGGUUGUUGUUUUCUGCACAAGUAUGCAGUAAAAUAAAUGUUAAUUUAUUAU